AUGUCGGAUUCCGAAGAUGAACUGAACGUCAAUCUUUCUCAAUGGAAACCUCGCACUGUCAAUGCCGCUCCUGAACCACCUGCUCCGGCUCCCAGGACCUUCGCCUCCAUCAACGCUCCAGCUGCUGCACCUGCCAUCACCAACAGUCUAGACGACGACGACGACUUUGACAUCGAUGCUAUUAUUGACGGAAUCGCCGACCCUGAUGAUGCUCUGCAAACAAGGGCUCCCACGCCACCACCACCUGCCACAACAACCCCGAAACCUCGACAGGUCGUUCAGGUUGUCAUCACCCAAGAUCCCAACUUGAAUCGCGAUGACUACAUCGACUGUACAUAUGGUGCCAACAUCGUGCGCCGUGUGUUGCAAGAGAUCACUGAGGAUGGAGAUGUAUAUUACAAUGUCGAGUUCGUCGAUAGACACACGGAGCAGGUCUCCUUCAAUGAUCUAAUACAGUACGAAAACGGCCAGGAAGGCCUCCAAGAAUACACAGAGAAUGCUCAAGAUGCAGACGACUACGCUGAAAAAGACAGUGAGGUCGAAGAGGUUCGGCGUCCAAGACCUAGUAAAUCUGGCUUCGUCAACACCGUAGAAGCCCUUGCAUAUCUUGAUGAUGAAGAACACCCUUCACGUUCGAGGAAACCGCGCAAAGCAAGAACAUACGACGAUGACGACUCGGAGGACGACGGUCCGGCACCUCGUCGCUCCGGAAGAGUUGUACCUCCAAACCCCAACUCUCGAAGAACUUCAAGACGGCUCAAGUCAAUGUCUCAGGCCGACUCGGAAGACGAUGACGACGACGAUGGAUUCAUUCUACAGUCUGACGUUCUACCCAGCAGAAAACGCAAGCGCUCCUUGAUGUCUCAAAGCGGCCCCGUCAAUUAUGCAGAUGGUGAUGAAGACGAAUUGCGUUAUGAGAAAUCCAGAACACGCACCUCAAGACCCACGGGACAGGGUGUUCGUCAGUCUGGUCGUUCUACUCGCCACCAGGGCGACAUGCAGGAUCCAGGUGUUAACGACAUCUAUCGCUCCGAGUCGGAACCACGACCCGUUGCCCUCCCGAAGCCUGUUGGAGCUCGUGAGUCCUUCAAGGACUUGCCAAGAUCUGAUCCAUUCCGCGCUCGUCAUAUCCAACACUGUGACUCCUGUCAGAAUGGUACCAACUUUGCCCCUCUGAUCUACUGUCAAGGUUGUGUUUACGCAUAUCACAAGAGCUGCAUUGGUCAUCGCGGGUCGAGAGAGCACUUGGUCACCAAAGUUGGUAAGAACGACUUUGUUCUCCAGUGUCGUCGCUGUGUCGCAUUCCCCAUGAAAAAAGAUCCUACAGCUCCUGAUCACGGAAGAUGCUCUGACUGUAAGCAACACGGCUCCUCAUGUGUUCCUUUCAGAGAGCGCAAGACCCUUCAACAAGAGCAAAAGGAUCGCGAAGAAAACAACGGCGAAGAUCCUGUCUGUCCGGUGCCUCAGAAUCUUAUCAAUAACCCUGACAACGUCAUGUUUCGUUGCACCACUUGCUCUAGAGGCUUUCACUUUGAACAUUUACCACCCAAGUCUGACAGCGUGAUGGACCUCGACGGCGAUGAUGUGGCAACGCAAAGACUUCAGGACUACAGCCAGGACUGGAGAUGCAAGGAGUGUCUUGAUUCUCCAGGCAAGAUCGGAUCUCUUGUCGCUUGGAAACCGAUUGAUGAGGACAGCUACGACCCUAGCUAUGGCUAUGACAGCAUCCCUGAAGAUGAGAAGGCCUAUCUUGUCCGCUGGGACGGGAAGUCGUACUUCCAAGCUUGUUGGAUGCCCGGCCCUUGGGUCUGGGGUGCCACAUCUGGAAGUAUGCGAAAAGCAUUUGCCAAACGAGAUGAAGCACGCCAACCAAAGAUGCGCACUGAGGAUGCAAUCCCCGAGGACUACCUUCGUAUCGACAUUGUGCUUGACGUCAAAUAUACAAGCAUUGUCAAUAUCUCAACGGAAGAGAUUGACAAGGCGCGUAUUCGCGAGGUCGAUACAGCUCUGGUCAAGUACAAGGGUCUUGGCUACGAAGAUGUAGUCUGGGAAAAGCCUCCCACACCUGACGAUGCUGAUCGCUGGACUGACUUUGUUAUUGCUUAUAACGAUUGGGUACUCGGUAGAUUCGUGAAGCAACCCAAGCCACCGCAGCUCAAAACUCGACUCGAAAAGGCAAGAUCUCUCGACUUUACUACCAAGCUCGAGAAGAAGAAGCAGCCCACCAACAUCACUGGAGGAGAGCUCAUGAAGUACCAGAUGGAGGGUCUCAACUGGCUCUACUAUAAGUGGUAUACGCACAAGAACGCUAUCUUGGCUGAUGAGAUGGGUCUCGGAAAAACCAUUCAGAUCAUCUCUUUUCUUGCCACCCUAGUGCAAGACUGGAAUUGUUUCCCUUUCUUGGUCGUGGUACCCAAUUCAACUUGUGCUAAUUGGCGUCGUGAGGUCAAGCAAUGGGCUCCUGGUCUGAGAGUUGUUGCAUACUUCGGCAGCAAGGAAGCUCGUGAUCUUACUUACCGCUACGAACUUUUCGCUCGCGACAGCAAAGAGCUAAGAUGUCAUAUCGUAGUUACGUCUUACGACUGUGCUGCAGACGACAGUGCUCGCAAGUUCUUCAAGUCCAUUCCUUGGCAAGCACUUAUUGUGGAUGAAGGACAGCGCCUGAAGAGUGACAAGUCACAACUGUACUCCGCACUGGCAUAUCUGCGAGCCCCAUUCAAAGUUCUUCUGACCGGUACGCCUCUGCAAAAUAGUGCACGUGAGUUGUUCAACCUUCUACAAUUCCUCGACGACACCUUCGACGCUAGCCAGCUGGAAGAGAAGUUCCAAGAACUUGACCAAGCCAAGAUCCAGGAGUUGCACGGUAUCAUUCGUCCCUUCUUCUUGCGUCGUACCAAGGCUCAAGUCCUGACCUUCCUUCCACCUAUGGCUCAGGUCAUCGUGCCGGUUUCGAUGUCAACAGUCCAGAAGAAGUUGUACAAGACGAUUCUUGCCAAGAACCCUGACCUUAUGCGUGCCAUCUUUCAAGGAGCAAAGGAGCUCAGGCCCACCGAGCGUGCUAGUUUGAACAACAUCCUCAUGCAGCUUCGCAAGUGUCUUUGCCAUCCUUUCGUCUACAGUACCGAAAUUGAGGAGAGGAACGUGUCACAAGCUGUCAGUCACCGCAACCUUGUUGAUGCUAGUGGAAAGCUGCAGCUGCUUGAGACACUUCUACCCAAGCUUCAGGAACGUGGUCACCGUGUGUUGAUCUUCAGUCAGUUUCUUGACAUGCUCACCAUGGUGGAAGACUUCCUUGACGGCAUGCAGAUGAAGUGCCAACGUCUAGAUGGUACCAUCAGCAGUUUGGAGAAGCAGAAGCGCAUCGACGAGUUCAAUGCCCCUGACUCUCCGCUGUUCGCUUUCCUGCUCUCUACCCGCGCUGGAGGCGUUGGUAUCAACUUGGCCACUGCGGACACGGUCAUCAUCCUUGAUCCUGACUUCAACCCUCAUCAAGAUAUCCAGGCACUCAGUCGAGCUCAUCGUAUCGGACAAAAGAAGAAGGUUCUUUGUUUCCAGAUCGUCACGCGAGCUAGUGCCGAGGAGAAGAUAAUGUCUUAUGGUAGACGCAAGAUGGCUCUAGAUCACGUUUUGAUCGAGCAGAUGGAUGCAGAAGACGCUACGGAUCGUGACCUUGAGGGUGUUCUUCGUCACGGCACCAAGGAGUUGUUCGACGAUGAUGGAGACAAAGACAUCAAGUACGACCCAGCCUCCAUUGACAGGUUGCUCGAAGUUAGUCACAUCGAACAUACCAAGGCUGGCGAAGACAAAUCCGCAGAAUCCACCUUCUCGUUCGCGAGGGUUUGGGCCAAUAACGAGCUGGAAGAGACGGCGAUCGAAGGUCCAGAAGCAGCAGAAGUGGCUCCCGAUCGUGAUGUAUGGGACAAGAUUCUCAAGGAGCGCGAGAGAAUCGCGGCCGUCGAAGCAGCCGCUGCAGAGCAGGCCUUUGGAAGAGGGCGUCGAGCCAAAGCGACUAUUGAUUAUGGUGAUGGCACCAAUCAAGAUGGCCCCGACGCUGUAGAAGGACCUAAAGAUGUCGACCAAGGCUCUCCUGUGCGUGUCUCCAAGCGAGCGCAGAUGGACGAAGAGAACGACACAGACUUCCAAGCCGACAGCGAUGAAGAGAGCAUUGCGGCAGAAGAGGUCGAGGAUAUUGUUAAUCCGGAAGAACUGAAAAUUCCCGAUCAACCUAAUACAACCUCAAAAUUGAUCAGACCAUCCGCCCCCCAGACCUUCCGCCGUGUCGAUGUCCCAACUUUCCGAAACUACGAUCCCGAACUCACGAUCCCAGCCUCCAAUGGCCGACCCGCUCACAAACCUCAAAUGGCGUCCUGCGUAGCAUGCCAACAUCUGCAUCCCCUAGGCAGCUGCCCUUUAAAACGCGCCGGUGUCGAGCACUGCGGUCUCUGCGACCUUGCUCACUACGGCUUCUCUCGCAUCUGCCCACACAUUAAUUCAGAAACACAAGUCAGAGAAAUGAUUCGAGCGGUAAAGUUAUCGUCGGAGCCAGGACAUCUCAAGGCAGAGACGUUGAAGUACUUGACUGGUCUGAAGGGCACGUUGGUCCAGAAGAAAAAGAAAGAAGCCGAAAAGAAGGCUGCUGCGGCGAGUGGCACUGCUUACCCAACUGGCGGUCCAUCGAUAGUGCCAGGACAGCAGCCAUUUCACAUGGUGUAA